GAUUUUAGGUUUUGUGCGGUCCUAGUAUUACCGCAGGCCAAGCCUGAAAAUUUAAUGCUGACCACACAUCUUCAACCAAUCAGCAAGUGUAUUUGCUGAUCGGAGUUGAAAUCGCCUGGUAACUGCUGCCGUCUGCUAUUUUUUUACUCACACUCCCACCUCAUUUUGAAUGCAGAGCCCAAGGAACGAUAAUACGGCUUACCGUCGUUUUCCACCCCCAUUAACAUUCACCGUAAAUGAGCUGGCUGCAGCAUUGGGGUUGAUUAGGGAUCAAAGCGACCAGGGAUAUGAUGAUGGUGACCCCCCAGCAUUCACAUUGCGUGAGCUGGGAGGAGCAUUGACGUUAAUCAGUGACCAAAAUGCCAUAUUUGCUGCACACGAUGGACAUGAUUCAGAGGAGCUGCCGAGUCCACAGACUGAAUAUGGAGCAUGCGCGGCAUGCGUUUUCCGGGCACACCGCCACAAUUGCUAUGCUUGUGGUAUAGCAAUCACUUCGAGCCGCGUUGCAACAGGCCUCUCCAAGUCGGAAACCACCGUCACUGGCACCACGAAUCCCACCGCUACCACAUCUGCAACAGAAAGUGAAGCUGCGCAGGAGAGAGGGGGCGACUUUUGUGAUGUAGUAGUUCAAGAACAUGUCAAAUCCCGCACUCGCUGGCGUCGCCGGGGUGGAGCUUCAGAUGAGACACUCGCACUCCUUAAUCAUCUGGACGAUAUCUGGUUCAAUGCUGGUUAUGAACCAGGUUCCAAUCUGUAUCAACGAUUGGAGUCUGAAGAAUUGAAUGCUGUCUGUGCUGCUGAUCGUGAAGGAUGGGAUUCACUGAAGCCAGAAUACGAGAACGACGUUCGCGAGGUACGCAAACUCUUGGAGCAAGCACAUGGGUUAUCCACGUCAGCCGGAAGCUUAGAGGGUCCUUAUACCGAGCAACUACGAGUGGGGACGAAGAAAUCCCUGACGCUCCACCGCUUGAACCUUGACGACGAGGAAGAAGAAGACUACGACGAAGAACCCGAAGAACCAGAAGAACCCGAACCUCAAGUAUCCACUAUGGCAGGAAGAGGAGACAAACCCAUUGAACGGAAAAUUGGAUACCCACCUGACUUUUCCGGAGACAGAGAGAAAUUUUCCCAAUGGCUGCUGCCUAGUUGA